GCUCCGUCGCCACGGGCUACCUGGACUCGGCCCUCUUCGCCGUGUGCUCCCAGUACCAGAACGACAUGCAGCGCUUCCUGCAGAUAGGAAUUGGGCUUGGCACUAUGGUGUCUGUUUUCUACCGUGACCUGACGAAGCUGAUCAUGUCCAGAGACGUUGCCGAUGCAACAAGUUUGUACUUUGUCGUGGCGUUGGCGACCGUCAUCUUGUGCAUAUCGUGCUACAGGCUGCUGAUGAGGCUGGAGGUGUCCAGGCACGUCAAGCUGUCGGUCGGCGACGCCGACGUGGACUCGGCGGCCUUCGCGACUCCGCCGCGCUCGCCGAUGCUGUCGGCGACGUCGCAGUACACCUCGGGCACGCCGCUGCUGGGGACGCCGCUGCUGGAUGAGGACCAGAAGCCCCCCCGGGCGGCCCACCACAGCGGCGGCGCCUCCCCCGAGUUCUCCGUCGUUUUCAGAUUGGUGUGGCGGCAGCAGAUGGUGAUCUUCCUCAACCUGACGCUCACCACGCUGUGCUACCCUGGCAUGGUCACGUCGAUCCCCUGCAGGCAGUUCACGUUUCUGGAGAAAGACCACUGGUUUCAGACGCUUCUGCUGACGGCGUUCACGGUUGCCGACAUUAUCGGGCGUAUUAUGACGAAAUACACAUUCGGCCUGACGUACAAGAGCAUACACUGGACGGUGGUGGUCCGCCUCUUCGUCUCCCCGGCGAUCCUCCUCUGCAUCCAGUCGCGGGCCCUAGGCGACGCCGUGUCCUUCUCCGUCGUCAUGGCGUUCGGAUUCUUGAACGGCUACUGCGUGUCCCUCGCAUUGAUCGUUCCCAACGAGAUGAAGCACCUCACGGAGAACCAGAGGAAGACCUGCGGUUUCAUGUCGGCUUGCUCGGUGAACAGCGGACUCUGCGCCGGCUCGCUGCUGGCCGCGGCGGCCGCCGUGGGGCUCGGCCUGGGCGGCUCGUGA